GUGAAGCACGGCGUGUGGGAGCGACCCUUGGGUCUCGUGGGCGCCUGGGGCGGUCUCAUCGAGCAAUGGCUGGAUGAGUUGUUGCCGGCGGAUGCGGCGGAGCGGUGCAGGGGCAAGGUCACCAUCGUAGUCACCACGCUGCCCAACAUGGCCCAGGUGGGCAUCAGCGACUUUGUGGACAAGCGCGACCUGAUCAACGCCGCCAUGGCCUCCUCACACAUCCCCGUGCUGCUGGACCUCAAGUUCACACGGCUUUGCCGCGGGAGGUACUGCGUGGAUGGAUCCUUCCCCGACUUCUUCUACAAUGACAACUCCGAGCUGCUCAAGGCCGGCGGCUCAGCGGUCAUAUUCGACUACUUUAACGACGCCAAGCUAGUGCGCAAGGGCCGCAUGGACAUGUUGUCGCUGAAGCGGUACGAGGAGGUACGACACAUCAUGCAGCUGGGGUACGAGUACGCCCGGGGGCUGUGGGAGCAGGGCCACUUUGACCACUUCGAGGUGGGAGAGGUGAUGUUCGACCACCUAGAGGAGGCGGCCAAGGGACAACAGCAGCUGCAACAGGAGCAGCAGCAACCACAAGGGC